AAUGGCGGCUGUGCAAGAUGGACAGGUUGAUCUGGAGGUCGAAAAAAAAGAAAUAAAAACAGAAACUUCAAAUGAUGGGUCUGGAAAUAACAAUGCAAACUCUUCGUCACCUGGUUCUACGUCUUUAGGUGCUACAUCAAAAUCACCGACGGGACCGGCAGAGGAUCAACAGACACUUCUUGCAGUGCUGCAAUUUCUCAAGAGGAAUAAAUUGAAUGAGUCAGUAGACAUUCUACGGCGAGAAGCGGGCUUAUCGGUCGAAAUAGAUGAUUCCCCCGGAUCCGCAUCGGGAGGAGCUGGAUCUGGUGGUGCCUCAAAUUCCACGGUAGAUGGAGGGGAUACCAACUCUCUCCUCAGUCGAGUUUCCAUCGCCAUCCCUGCUGCGCCCGCGGUCACCGCUGCCCCCGUUCCACCAAAAGUGACAGCAUCGGGUGGGGAGGAUCAGCCGGACGUCAACGUUGUCCUGUCGGCCUAUAGCCAGCAGGGAGAUCCUGAUCUGUACCCGCUGUACUACAACGGCCUGAAGAAGUUUAUCGAGUCUGUCCUGGACUGUCACAGAGCCGAGCUGUCCCAGGUCUUCUACCCGCUGUUUGUGCACAUGUACCUAGAGCUCGUCUACAACAACCACGAGGUGGAGGCCAAGCAGUUUUUUGAAAAGUUCAGCGGGGACCAGGAGUGUUACUAUGCAGAGGAUCUGCGCAUCCUUUCAGGCAUGACCAAGAAGGAACACAUGAAGGGCAACGAGACCAUGCUGGACUUCAGGACCAGCAAGUUUGUCCUGCGUAUCUCCCGAGACUCCUACCAGCUGCUGAAGAGGCAUCUUCAGGAACGUCAGAACAACCAGAUCUGGAACAUCAUACAGGAACAUCUCUAUAUUGACAUCUUUGAUGGAAUGCCACGAAGUAAAAGUCAGAUUGAUGCCAUGUCUGGAAGUCUGGCGGGAGAGGCCAAGAGGGACGCCAACAAAACCAAAGUGUUCUACGGCCUACUGAAGGAGCCCGAGAUCGAAGUGCCCCUGGACGAUGAAGAUGAGGAGGCUGAAAAUGAGGAGGGCAAACCCAAGAAGAAGAAGCCCAAGAAGGACAGCAUGGGUUCCAAGAGCAAGAAACAGGACCCCAACGCACCACAGCAGACCAGAAUCCCUCUCCCAGAGCUGAAGGACUCCGACAAGCUGGACAAGAUCAUGAACAUGAAGGAGGCCGCCAAGAAGAUUCGCCUGGGUUCAGAUAACCUGCCCUCCAUCUGCUUCUACACCUUCCUCAACGCCUACCAGGGCCUGACGGCGGUAGACAUCACGGACGACUCCAGUCUGAUCGCGGGGGGCUUCGCCGACUCCACCGUGAGGGUGUGGAGCGUCACUCCUAAGAAACUACGCCGGGUCAAAUCCGCCGCAGACCUGAGCAACAUAGAUAAAGAGUCCGACGACGUGUUGGAGAGGAUCAUGGACGAGAAGACGGCGAGUGAAUCUAAGAUCCUGUAUGGACACAGCGGACCAGUUUAUGGCAUCAGCUUCAGCCCUGACAGGAACUAUCUGCUGUCUAGUUCUGAGGACGGUACAGUGAGACUAUGGAGUCUGCAGACAUUCACCUGCCUUGUUGGGUAUAAAGGACACAACUACCCCGUUUGGGACACCCAGUUCUCCCCUUACGGAUACUACUUUGUGUCUGGGGGACACGACAGAGUGGCUCGUCUGUGGGCUACAGACCACUACCAGCCCCUUCGAAUGUUCGCCGGCCACCUGGCUGACGUCACCUGCACGCGCUUCCACCCCAACUCGAACUACGUGGCCACCGGCUCGGCCGACCGUACCAUACGCCUCUGGGACGUCCUGAACGGAAACUGUGUCCGCAUCCUCACCGGUCACAAGGGUCCCAUCCAUUCCCUGGCCUUCUCCCCCAAUGGGAAGUUCAUGGCGUCGGGCGCAACCGACGGGAGGGUUCUGCUGUGGGACAUCGGUCACGGCCUGAUGAUUGGCGAGCUGAAGGGACACACGGACACCAUAUACGCCCUCAGGUUCAGCAGGGAUGGCGAGAUCCUGGCCUCAGGCUCCAUGGACAACACAGUGAAGCUGUGGGACACCCUGAAGGCCUUCGAUGACGUGGAGUUGGACGACUUCACCGCGGCGACGGGUCACAUCCAUCUACCGGAGAACUCCCAGGAGCUGCUGCUGGGCUCCUACACCACCAAGUCCACCCCCGUCAUACACCUGCACUUCACACGCAGGAACCUACUGCUGGCAGCGGGGGCCUACAACCCCUGAGGGCGGUCGGACAACCGCUCAUUUAAAAACGGAUUCCGCAAAACAAACGAGCUUCCCAUAUUGACCGGCGCGUGCCCCGCGGGCGACCUCAACGGUUAGGUGCGUUAACGCUGUCGAAGCGGAGGACCGUUGUAGACCACCCUGCUCUUCUGAAGACCCAAGAUCCAUCCAUCCGACCUGUAAUUUUAGUUCUGACCCAACGUGUCCCUGCCUACACUGACUGCCAUUACUAGCCUGUUAAGCUGCAUUUAGACAGACGCCCGAUUGGUCGAGACAGUCAAGUCCGCCUGUUUAAGUGCAGCAGAGAACACCCGAAAGGGAACGGCGCCUUAUUACUUACGUGGUGCACGUGGUUGGUCAGUCAAACGCCGUGCACUAUAAGGGAUUAGGGGGAUGUUGUGCAUACAGUAUAUGUUUUUAUUGCCACUGCCACAAACAGCAUUAUGAUGUAGCGGCCGUGCUGCAUAGAGCCUUUUAUACCAGUGCAUAUUGUAAAUAAAACAUGUUUUCUAUGA